CUGGGCAGCAGCGGCAGGAGCUGCGGGAGCAGCACCCAGAGAUGUGUGGCCCUGGAGGGACCACAGGGGCCCGGCGCUGGUGACCACCCCCAGACGCGUCACUAGUGCUCUGGAGGGGGACAGACGCACGGUUACGGCUGUGCAAGGAAUGAGGGAAGCAUGGCAAUACAUUGCACUGGCAGGACUGUGUAUGACUAAAAUCAACUAAGUCCGAAGAAACAGUGAAAGGGAAUCCCUUGUCAGUGGUUGCCCUGGUGCUGCACACCUUUGUUUUGCCUGGCAUGGAGGCAGAUGGCUUGGAGUGGCUGGUGGUUCCAAUGCACCAGCUGGUUUCCUGGAGUGCAGCUGGUGCAAUGGUAUUUGGAGGUGUGGUGCCAUACAUCCCCCAGUACAGAGACAUCAAAAGGACACAGAAUGCAGAGGGCUUUUCAACCUAUGUGUGUCUAGUAUUAUUAGUAGCAAAUAUUUUGAGAAUACUCUUUUGGUUUGGCAGGCAUUUUGAGUCCCCUCUUCUGUGGCAAAGCAUUAUCAUGAUCAUUACUAUGUUACUGAUGCUGAAACUAUGCACUGAAGUACGUGUGUCAAAUGAACUGAACAUAAAACGUCGCUCCUUUUCAGCUGCAGAUAGUAAAGAUGAAGAAAUCAAAGCACCUCCCAAGAGAUCCUAUCUGGAUUUUGACUUGAACUAUUUUUGGCACUGGAGCAAGUUUACAGACUAUGUGCAGUGUGUUCUGACUUUCACGGGGGUGACAGGAUACAUCACUUACCUCUCUCUCGACUCCUUUCUCUUCGUGGAAACACUGGGCUUCCUGGCUGUAUUCACUGAGGCCAUGUUAGGCGUUCCGCAGCUUUACCGUAACUAUCAGAACAGAUCGACCGACGGAAUGAGUGUCAAGAUGGUGCUGAUGUGGACCAGCGGCGAUACCUUCAAGACUGUUUACUUUAUCCUGAACCAGGCUCCUUUCCAGUUCUCCAUUUGUGGCCUGCUCCAGGUCUUUGUGGACAUGGCCAUCCUGCUACAGGUUUACUUUUACAGCUACUACCCUCAAAAGCCAGCAUCACACACUGCACACCCAGCCAGCACAAAGGCACUCUGAAGCACAUGGUGGAGAUGGCUACAGGUCAACAGUGUUGUGAAGUCUGCCUGUGCAGCUUUUCCUUCCACUUGUAAAUACUGUACUAUUUUGAUGAGUUGAAAACGAGAGAAGAAUGCUCGGCAACAUAAGAAGUUUGGUAUUUUUAAUGGUUUGCUUCUGUUUGGUUUCAGAUUCAUUGUAUAGAAUUUGUUUUUCUGGGGGUGGGGUGUGGACAGUGUUUAUUUUUUUGCAUACUUACCUAUGAGCCUUAUAAAUUCACGUGUGUGUGUGUGUAUGUAUGUUUGUACGUAUAAUUGCAAGGGCUGGAUGUUUGUGUUUUUAAUGCUAUUUAAAGAAAUGUUAAACCACAGAGACGAUCGAAUAUUUUAUCUGAAGCUUUUACCUAUUUAUAUAAAGUGUGUACUUUGGAAGUAAGUUUGGAAUAUUGGAGUUAAAUAUUUCAGUGAUGUAUGAAGACACCAUCAAAGUUUCAAAAAGGUUGGGUGCAGUGGAUCAGAAAGGUGGGCAGGGGGAAAGGGACUGAGAAGGGAUGGUGAACAAUCUAAAGUAAACCAAUAAUAGCCAGUAUAAAACGUAAAUGUACUGUGUGUGCACACACUCACACUGCUGGAUCAGUGUGGCACUGAAUAGAUCAAGGUGAGGGAUGGUUAUGGUGUGGAUGAUGCUAUGGCCACAUCUAAACUAGACAUAGCUAGUUACCGGGUGGGAUGAAGAGAGAAUUUAAGAGGAGGGGAGAGGGAGUCUAACAUAACUAAGUAGUCUUGCUUUGAAGCAGCUGCGUUCAGGAACAGAAUGGGGCCCUGCAUGAUUAGGGGUGCACAACUGGGUGUGUGACAGAGACUCUGGGUGGGUUGUUGGGAUGCCUACAGCAGUGCUGAAUGGGGCCAGUAGGCAGGCAUUGCCAGGAGUACUAGUGAAUAAUUACUAGGCAGUGGUUGAGAAAUUGGGAAAAGCAGGAAUAAAGAUGUCAAUGAAAAUGGAUUACUAAGGUUUGGAGUGGAGAACAGUUUGUGUGGGAGAAGUAAAGCAGUAAUCUAGAGAGCAGGGUCUGCUUUCUAAAAAUGUGGUUAGUUAACUAUUGUGAUUCACAUUAGUAUUAUUGACUGCCAAGUGACACCAGUUUGUGUGCUGGGAUAUUUCUUGUGUUAGCCAAUCAUGCAAAUGCUACAAAAGAACAGGUGUGAAGAUAAGUAUAAUUGUUUUUCUGCUAUUCAAGAUCUUCCAGGCUGAUUACUUUUAGAAAGCUAGAUAGAAGCUGGAAGGGAAAGUGAGAAGGCCCGAGGGGCAUAUAAUGUUAUGUAUAAUCUAAAUCGUAUAUAAUUGUAUGUUUGCCAACAUCAGUCAUUGUGCCCUUUCUGAGAAUUGGCACUUCUCUGGAAAUGUUAAGUGGAUACAGAUUUAAUGUUCUGUUUUCAAGCCCUUUGGCUUCAGCCAGUUGCCACGAUGAGCCUAGCUUGACCUGUAGGAGAUGAAUACAGAUUGAUUACUGAGUCCCAGAAACAGUUGUCUGUGUUGCCUUCUUCUUUGAGACUCAGUCUUUCCUACCAGAUAAAUGCUGCCUUCCUGCAGACACUGGUGUUUAGGGCAGUGCUAGAUUUCCAGUGAGACAUUUUUGUUUUCUGAGAACAUUCCAAAAAGAUACAUUAUCUUAAAUAAGGCAGCAAGUCUGGGAUAUCACAUCUUCAGUUUUCAAUCAGGUAUUUGGCUCUACCAUGCUUUAGGUGUGGACCAUCUUUAAUGUGGGGUGGCCAUUUUCUUGUGAAGAGUAAAAGCAUGUAGUCACAAUGCAGUAAAGUCUAUCAGGAAUGUUUAUUUUAGGAUAAUUGACACCAAGUUGUCCUUUGCUGUUGUGCUUUGGUUUCCUUGUUUCUGAAUUCUUAAUCUCUCAGUCUAAAAUAAAUCCCAAACUGGCUGGUUUGACUGCUGGAAUCCCACUCCCCAUGCAUUUCUUGGAGGUGAUGUCCUCUGCUUCUGAGCCAAACCCUGUCCCAUUGGCAAAAUUCUCAUUAUCUUCAAUGGGGUCAGGAUUUGGCUGUAUGGGUGUGGCAUGAUCCAAGCACAGUAUUGCAUUUGUGCACCCUAAGCCUCUGGUUUUUAUGGAGCAGCCUCUGAGCUGAUCAUGUUCUCCCUUCAGGAUGGCUGGGUGGUGAGCACUGCCCUGGCAGCUGGAUGUAGAGGAGAUUGGUACAUCCCCGAGUAACACAUAGGACCUGCCCUGGUCUUUGGUGUCUGCAGGGGACUACCUGGGCCACUGGCAAAUCUACACAAAUAAACCAAAACUCAGGAAAAUUGUUCAAUCUGAGGGCCUGGCAUAGAGUGCUAUGGUCAAACUCUUGACUCCAUGCUUUUUGUUUGACACCAUACUCUUUUAUGCCUGAAGUGACCUUACAAAGAAAAUGUAUGUGGCAUGGCAGACUAUGAAUGUUUUACUCCUCUCCCUUUCUCAAAUGUUCUCGUUGUGUUAAAAGAACAUCUGGGCUUUUCUCUUUUUAAUUAAAAACGUAACGACUGUCCUCUCUGGUGUAUGCUGCUUCAAUGAGGAUUGUAUUUCUACUUGUAUGCAAACACUUUCUCACAUAUUUUAAUGGUUUGGUUUUUUAAUAUCUUGUAGUACUAAGAUUUUUGUACCUGAUGGUCUUUUUUUCUAUUAUUGUAUGAAACAGGGGUGUAAUAGCUAAAUGGCUGCUAAGGUCUCUUGGCUUUGUGUAACAGGUAUUACUGAAGAUAAAAUGAACAUGUUUUUUCCUUUCUUCUUUUGGGACUCUUUGGUCUGCAGAUUCUUAACAGUCUGCCGUCACUACCAAAAACAGUAUGCUCGAUGAACAUGUUUCUUUCAUACCAGAGCUGCAAAUGCUGGAAGAGAAACCAGUGGACUAAUGUCUAAAGUCAUUUUCUAUUUAGAGCAUUGGAAAAGCUGGGAUACAUGGCUAGGAACUCUCUUGAACUUCAUCUUGAAAGAUGCUUUAAAAGCAAAGUUACAGAACUUUUUAUACAUAAGGAAUUAUCUGUAGCAGUGAUCACUUCAGAGAAUUAAGAAAUCAAUUACUUUAAAUACUUAUUUGUUGAAUGUAUGGUACAUUUCAUGGAGCUCGUUCUCUAUCAAUUGCAGUGAUUUAAAAACAAUUAAAUAAAUCAAUCAA